AUGUCGAUCAUUCCAAGUUUCUUUACAGGCAGAAGGAGCAACGUAUUCGAUCCCUUCUCCCUCGACAUUUGGGAUCCUUUCCAGGGCUUUUCAAGUGUCCUCAACAACCUACCCGAAUCAUCACGCGAAACAGCACUAAUCACCAACGCCAGAAUCGAUUGGAAGGAGACGCCGGAGGCGCACGUUUUCAAGGCGGACAUACCUGGGCUGAAGAAAGAGGAGGUGAAGGUGGAGGUUGAAGAAGGAAGGGUGUUGCAGAUAAGCGGAGAGAGGAGCAAGGAACAUGAGGAGAAGAACGACAAGUGGCAUAGGGUGGAGAGGAGCUCCGGGAAGUUCUUGAGGAGAUUCAGGCUGCCGGAAAAUGCAAAAAUGGAAGAGGUGAAAGCUACCAUGGAGAACGGCGUGCUGACGGUGACCGUGCCCAAGGCGGAAGAGAAGAAGCCGGAAGUGAAGUCCAUCGACAUUGAUGAUCAACCGCUAGGGAUGGGCAAAGGAAUCAAUCUGGCUGGAACCGACCCGAAUCGGAUCCGGUCUGGGAUCCAAAAUUGGCCGAAAUUAAGAACUGAAUUGAACUAUCGGUUCCGGUUUUAUGUUCCUACCGGUUCUUAUUGUAUCUUCAAUGUUGGAACCGGUCCUUGA